AUGCAGCAUCGAAGAGCCGGAAGGCCCAAAUCUCGUAACGGGUGCAGCACCUGCAAAGCUCGCCACGUCAGGUGCGACGAAGACAGACCAGCCUGCGGACAAUGCGUCAGUACCGGCCGCAAAUGUGACGGAUACAACCCCGGCCUCACCCAAAAACAGCUGCACGAGAAUGUCCUGGAGGCCUACCAACACCGUGUUCCUCCCAACCCCGACAACCGGAUCGCCGUCUACCAAGGCACCCCCGAAGAGAGGGAGUACGUACACACCUUCUGCACACUGACCUCGCCCGUCUUUUCGGGGUUUUUCGUCUCAGAGCUGUGGGGCCAUCUUCUCCCACAGCUCAGUCACACUGAGCCCGCUGUCCGCCAUGCCAUCACGGCUGUCGCUGCCGCCCAUCGGCGGUAUAUUGGCAUUGCAGGAUCCCAGGGCAGCGAAGAGGAAUUCAUUCUGCAGCAGUACAACAGGGCUAUUCGCGUUCUGGUCGAUGGCCACCUGUCUACGGCACAGAGAACGCACACCAGCCAGCCAAACCUCACCCUGGUGAACUGCUGUCUGUUCGCAUGCCUGGAGAUGCUCCACUCCAACCACCAACAAGCCCUCGACCACGUCGACGCUGGACUACAGCUCAUGUGGCAGGACCAGAGUGCCCAUAGGGGCCCAGGCAAUCUCCCCGUCCUUGACCUCGAGCUAUGGGAUCACUUUUCCCGGUUACACAUGGAUCUCGCGAUGUUCGGACACAGAACAUGGCCAUCGGUGGUGGGGAGCGAAGAAGUGCAUAUCCCGCGCUCCUUCAGCGAUAUCACCCAGUCGCGGCGAAUUCUGACCAAGCUGAUGAACAAGACGAUGAUCGCUUCGCCGAACACGAACCUACAGCCCCUGCUACUUCAUCCAAACAUGCGAGAGCACGAUCAAGGGUUUCUUCAGUCUCAGCAUGAGCUGAUGACUCACCAGUCACUGUACGCGGCGUGGUCAGACACGUUCAACCGGUUCUUGCAAACAAGACAGGGCAAAGCCGCUGACCAACGCUCUGUGCUUGCACUGCGCAUCGACCACCACUUCGCCAUCCUGUGGACUCUUUCCACCACUGCAAUGGACGAGAUGGAGUACGACAGGUAUGGUUCAUAUUUUGAGAAUAUUGUCCGCAUGGCCAAGAAUUUAUUGCAUCUUGAACGGUCGGCUCAAAAUAGCGUCUCUGAAAUGAGACCCUUUUGUCCUGAGCCGGGUGUUUUGCGCGCCUUGCAAUUGACCGCCACUAAAUGCCGGGACCCGUUGCUGCGACGGGAAGCACUCCGUAUCAUGUCGGAUAAUCCCCGGAAAGAGAGUGUGUGGGAUUGGAGGCGGUCGGUCCGGCUCGGUAAAUUCUUUAUUCGGGUUGAGGAAGCUGAGCUACGAGAUCUACCGGUGAAGCACCGAGUGCCGGGGGAGCGGAACAGAAUUGUACAUUACCAGGUCUGGGACAAUUGGGGAGCCAGCGAGACUCGGGUUCAGCUGUGGCUCUGGUCGGACUGGUCCAGGCUCCAGGAGAUAUGGUCUGGCACUUUCAAGUUGAAACCUACCAUGCCCACGAGGUGUGACUAA